UGUCUGCAUUUCGUCCUGAUAUGUUGCUUGGUUUUCUAUUUUCGCGAUUUCUGUGAGGCGAGAUGAGUGGCAUCAACAUCGGAGCUUAUAUGUAGUUGAAGUAAUUAAAAUUUUGCCCGUACACCUUCUUUGUCCGCCGAUGCAGCCGUCCAAAUUGGAAGUCUAAGGCUUUUGCGUUUGCACAGUGCCGAUUCUUACCAAGACCAUGUUUUGCGGUUUUCUUGCUUCUGUUGUCAUCCUUGGCAUGACUGAUCAUUGACUUAAAGAGAAAAUUGGCUGGACUUAUUGAUUACUGCAAUCGACAGAAAACUAAGUCAACUAUCUGGUCACGCAUUUCAGCGACUUUCAACUGGCCUGCCUCGGGAGUUUCUUUCUUCAUGAAAGUGUGUUUUUCUUCUCAGGACUGCCUUUUAUAUUUCUUGAACGGGCAGGAUGGUUAAGCAAGUACAAAAUACAGCCGAAGAAUAACACCCCUGCAGCUCAGGAAAAAUGCAUCACUCGUCUGGUACUGUACCAUCUGUGUGUAAACCUACCAGUGAUGAUUUUCUCCUAUCCUGUCUUCAGAUUCAUGGGCAUGCGAAGUAGUCUUCCCCUGCCAUCCUGGAAGACAGUGUUGGCGCAGAUUAUAUUCUACUUCAUCCUUGAGGACUUUAUAUUCUAUUGGGGCCACAGGGUUCUACAUACAAAAUGGCUGUACAAGCAUGUUCACAGUGUCCACCAUGAAUACGCGACGCCCUUUGGACUGACUUCUGAAUAUGCACACCCCGCUGAGAUACUGUUUCUUGGUUUUGCAACCAUUGUUGGCCCUGCCAUUACUGGGCCCCAUCUGAUGACUUUAUGGUUAUGGAUGGUACUCAGAGUGCUGGAGACAGUUGAAGCUCAUUGUGGUUACCAUUUCCCAUGGAGCCUUUCAAACUUUUUGCCAAUAUAUGGGGGUGCUGAUUUUCAUGAUUACCACCACCGUUUGCUGUAUACCAAAUCUGGAAACUACGCGUCAACCUUUGUGUACAUGGAUUGGGUCUUUGGAACUGACAAGGGGUUCAGAAAGUUGAAGGCCUUGAAGUCUGGUCACAUUGAAGAUUCCGGCAAGGAAAUGUAGCAAAGGAAGAUUUCGUUAAGAUUCUCGAAAUUGGAAGUGGGUGUAUGGUUAAUAGUCAUCUCAGAGGAAGGUUCUUUUUCGGUUAGUGCAGCAUCUUCAUUGCAACAUUUUUUCCUUCAUUUUCAGUAUCAUCUGUGAUGUGGAAUCAGUGGAAAAGCUUCCUGUGAACUAGUAGUGCCUCUCCUAUUUUCUACACCGAUAAGGGUUUGGGGCCACUAACCCGUUCGCAUAGACUUUGACCUUUACCUUAGCUGAGCCUGUUCACUCGACAAUUUUGCAUUUCCCAUUGUUAAGCAUAUGUAUGAUUUAAGUUCCUCACCGGGAACAGUCAAUUGCUGUAUGUAAAGCGCUUUGAAAAUUAUGAUUUUCGAGGACUAUGGACAUUCCAUAGGCGGCUUUGGA